AUGCCUCCUUCUGGUAGGAAGUCGGGUGGGAAGGGGCGUACACUGUCUGGGUCAAAUCCAGAAAAAGGGAGAUCCCUGUCGAAGCAUCCAGAGCAGUACUUGCGGUCUAUCAUAGAACGCAGCGGGCUAGAUGAGUACAUCAGCACGUCGCUUGCAGCGCAGGACAGCUUUUCCGUCGACAGAUACGCGGCGCGUCUUCUGCAGGAGCCAACUGCUCCUCUCAUAGUUUCGAAAACUUCGACUGAAGGCACUGCGACAAGAGCAGCGUAUUACAUAGAGGGGACCGAAGUACCCAUCCCUCGGCGACCCGUUUUGUUUUCACGCCGGAUGGCAGAAGAAUGCAAAAAUGCAGUUAGCAAAGACCGCACAACGGGAGGCGUCACGCAAGCGACGCGGAGCCGUAGGCGGAGAAACAGGGCUCGAGUAAAGCUGCUCCUAGCAGGGAAGAUGGAAGAGGCCACUAUUCAGAACAUCCAAUUCGUGCGACAACAACGGGAUGCACUUCACCGUCGGUUUCAGAAAGCCAGGGAGGCAAAGUCCCGUCGACGGCAGAGCCGCCUGGCAAUGCACGAAGGAGCGUCAGCAGUGCGGCUUGGAACCGAAGAUGCGGACACCGGCUCAGAGGAUCAGUGGGAGGUUGACUCCGCCGCGACUGUCACUGAAGAAGGCGAGAGGGGAGAGUUGGAGGAAGGAGCGUCUGACCCUUCUGAACCCGAUCGAGAUGACGUAUCCAGCGCCACAGAUCCUUCCUCCAGCAUCUCUGUGACAUCCGAAGAAGAAGACCCUGCUGCAAAUCCUUCGCCUUCUCAUCCUACAGCGCCGCGAAUCCCGAAAACAGCUGCAGAGUUGGAUGAAGUUGAACGGGACGGAUUUCUGAAGUGGAGACGGAUGCUAGCGAAUAUGGAAGAGGAAGGCGUCGUCUUAACUCCCUACGAAAGGAACAUCGAGGUGUGGAGACAGCUGUGGCGUGUCAUUGAACGUUCAGAUUUGGUCCUGCAAAUCGUUGAUGGAAGAUCUCCAAUGUUCUUCCGCUGCAAAGACCUCGAAAAGUAUAUCAAGGAAGUCUCUGCUAACAAACGUGUCAUUUUGGUCGUCAACAAAUCGGAUCUUCUGCCGCCAGUGGUGCGGGAGAAAUGGUCGCAAUACUUUGCAGAAAAUGGAGUGGAGGCGGUUUUCUUUUCGGCCCUUCGUGAACUCGAGCAGUGCGAACAAACAACUCAAGAGCAUUUUCCAGGCAGCGCGCACCGCGAUAGGGAAAAAGAGAAUCAGCUGAAGAGGGACGACGGGGAUCCAGUGCAAAAGGCAGAUGAAGCAGCAACGGAGCCGACGUCUGUGCUUCACGUUCCAGGGGGGGAAACGGCAGCAGAUCUCCACAAGGAUGUUAUUACCUGCGAUUCGUUGGUGAAACUCUUGUUAAAAUAUCGAGAUGAAUUCUUCUCGAAACGACGCCUAGAUGAAGAUACGGAGCCUUCCGAGGAUUUCGUAGUUGGGAUGGUUGGAUACCCUAAUGUGGGCAAAAGCUCUCUGAUAAAUGCGUUGUUGUGCAUGAAGAAAGUUUCCGUAUCGCAGCAGCCCGGCAAAACGCGCAGACUACAGACGAUUCCCCUUAAGGGUAGAGGCAUCGUCCUCUGCGACUGUCCAGGCCUCGUGUUCCCAAAGGCAGUUGCAUCUAAGCACCUUCUAGUGUUGAAUGGCGUUGUUCCCGUCGACGAGAUGCGUGGAGAUUACCUCCCGUCUGUGCAGUUAAUAUGCGACGCGAUUCCUUACACUUUAAUCCGACACUACGGGAUAACAGCAGACGCCUACCGUGCCGCAUACAAUUGUUCUCAAUAUAACGUGGGAAAAGAGGGACACCGAAGAACAAAUGCUCUAAUGGGGCGUCUUGAGCGUAUCGAGGCUUUGCACGUGCUCGCGGCAGUAGCCACUCAUCGUCACUUUGUCUCGGGAGGAAAAGGAGGACAGCUGGAUUUGUAUCGCGCGGCGAAGCUAAUUUUGAGGGACUUCACGACUGGCCGACUCCGGCGGUGUCACUUACCCGGGGGGACUGUUUACGGCAAAGACGAAGAGAUUGCCAAUAUAGAUAUGUUUCUGGCGGCAGUUUGGACCUCCGUAGAAACGCGGAUCGCAGGAGCAGAUACUUCAAAGGUAGCCCCAUGCUCAGCUGAACCAGGUAGAGAUAAGAGGAAAAGUGGCAAAGAGAGAAGCCAGCACCCUCAAAUGAACCCGGUGGAUGUUUUGCAUGAACUCGAACAGGACGCAGACCUGCUGGAUGUUCUUGGAAGUGGAGGGAAUUCUCAGACCGUUGGAGGCAAUGCUCCAUGUGCAAUGACCAAGCGGAAGGCUCGUCAAAUACAAAAGCAGAUUUUGAAGGGGAAAGGCAGAAGUAGCUUAGGCGGACUUCCCCACCGUCUCUGA